CUGUGGAUUCCAUCUUUUCCUGGUGAAUUUCUCAUUUAAAGAAAACAUGGAUAUACAAAAUACAACAGAAUAUAAUUGUACUUCAGAUCAACUGUCAAAAGGGAUUACAAGUAGAAUUCUUAUAUCACUGACGCUGUCUAUAUUGACAUUGGUGACAACUGCAAUAAACUCCCUUGUGAUUGCUGCAAUAAUUGUGACCAGAAAACUCCACCAUCCUGCUAACUAUUUGAUAUGCUCUCUUGCAGUCACAGAUUUCCUUGUUGCAGUACUUGUAAUGCCUUUUAGCAUCAUGUAUAUUAUUAAAGAGACUUGGAUUAUGGGCCCAGCUGUUUGUGACAUUUGGCUAAGUGUUGACAUUACUUGCUGCACGUGUUCUAUAUUGCAUCUAUCGGCUAUUGCACUAGAUCGUUACAGAGCAAUCACCGACGCUGUGGAGUACGCCAGAAAACGAACACCCCGUCAUGCUGCAUUCAUGAUUACAAUUGUUUGGGUCAUCUCUAUUUUCAUAUCUAUGCCAAUAUUAUUUUGGCGCCAUCAAGGGAACAACAGAGAAGACGAAUGCAUCAUUAAACACGACCACAUUGUUUUUACAAUUUACUCAACAUUUGGAGCCUUUUAUAUUCCGUUAGCAUUGAUACUUAUUCUUUAUUAUAAAAUUUAUAAAGCUGCAAAAUUAUUAUACCACAAAAGAAACGUAAGCAGGGUUGAAAAGGAGCAAAAUGGUCAAGUUCUUUUGGAAGCCUGCGGAAAAAGUUCUACCUUUUGUAUCACAGAAAAGUCUUUUUCAGAACAUUCCACGGAUUUUGAUAGAAUACACAUUACCAUAAGAAACCCCAGAUUAGAAACCAGGAAGGAAAAAGCAUGGAAAAAACAAAAGAUAUCCAGUACAAGAGAGAAAAAAGCUGCAACAACUUUAGGAUUGAUUUUAGGAGCGUUCGUUAUUUGCUGGUUACCUUUCUUUGUGAAGGAAGUUAUUGUUAACAUAUGUAAGACUUGCUAUAUCUCGGAUGAUAUGUCUAACUUUCUCACAUGGCUUGGAUAUCUCAAUUCCCUAAUUAAUCCACUCAUUUAUACCAUCUUCAAUGAAGACUUUAAAAAAGCAUUUCAGAAACUAAUCAGAUGUCGACAUUAUCUUUGAGAAAAAAAUAUAUAAUAUUUUGAAUAAGAACCAACAAGAAAGAACCAGUGUUUUCAGUAUUAUAUUAAAAAGUGUAAAUGAUGCCUCUUAAAUAAAAUUAAACUGUUAUUAUUUGAAUUUUAAAAAAAAGUUUAUUACUGGGAAAUAAGAUAUGUUUAUGUGCAAAUUUUGUAAGGUUUGCUAUCAAUAUUUUUUCAGCAAAAGUGCAUAGUCGUGAGUCUGUAAACAAAUGUCUCAAAAACACAUAUUUACAAUAUUUACAGGUAUGUUGACUAUGAUAUGACUCAGGUGUAGCUCUCCCAUGCAGUUUAGUGAAUCAUAUAAUGCCUGCCAGUAAAUCCCUAACGUGUAAUUUGCAUGUCCCUCUGGAUAAAACUUGUCUUUCUAGAGAGGCUGUAUACAACUGUUAGAAACCAUUUUUGGUAUAUAAAGUCUGUUAAAGGGGUUAAACAGGUCUUUGUUUUUGCUAGAGCAGAGGGGAAAUUGUGUUGUGGCACAAUUAUUAUCCCAUUCUUAAAGGAACUGUAGGCAUUGACUUCUUUAAAAAAAAACUAAAAAAAAAACAUUGUAAUCUAUGUUAAAAAGUGUCUGUCAAUAUUUGACAGGGAUUCUUAACAUUCGUUUUUUUUACAUCCCCAUAAAUGCUUGUCUUCUUGGUUCACCAGUAUCCAUCCGCUAUUGGCCUAGAUUGCAAGUGCAGCACAAAUAUAUUAGUGCUAUUGAGCACUCUCCCGACUUGACUACUGUAAUAACCUACAAAUAGCCUCCCUCUCUCCCACCUCUCCCCUCUUCAAUCCAUCCUAAAUGCCUCUGCUAGGCUAAUCCACCUCUCCCGACGCUCUGUAUCUGCUGCACUUCUCUGCGAGUCCCUUCACUGGCUACCCAUCCACAGUAGAAUUAAAUUCAAAAUUCUCAUCCUGACCUACAAAGCCCUUACCAACGCAACACCCUCCGCUACCUGUCCUCACUCAUCAACAAAUACACUCCAGCCCGCCCCCUAAGAUCCAACAAUGACCUGCUCCUUGCAUCUUCUACCAUCACCUCCUCCCAUGCUAGGCUACAGGACUUCUCUCAUGCGGCACCAACCAUCUGGAAUGCACUUCCUAGAGCUGUCAAACUCUCCCCUAACCUUUCCUCCUUUAAACGCUCCCUAAAGACCUUUCUGUUCAUGGAAGCCUAUCUCCAAAUCAGUAACAAAUUAAUUCCACUUGCCUAAUUGCUGCCCCCAUCUAACUCCACACUAACAUCAUUCUCACCUUUGCAGUCCCCACCUCCUGUUUCUCAACCUCCUACCCAUAUAGAUUGUAAGUUCCCACAGGAACAGGGCCCUCAAUUCCCCCUGUAUUUGUUUGUUAAACUUUGUCUGGUGUCUUUUAUAUUGUACUGUACUUUUAUUUUUGUACCCAUGGACAUCGCUGCGGAAUCUGUUGGCGCUUUAUAAAUAAAGAAUAAUAAUAAUAAUAA